GCUUUGCCCCCCUUUGCCUACAUCUGCUCCCCAACUUUUUCUCCUUGCCUGCUCUCAUUUGUGGGCUUCCACAGCUUCAGGGGAGCCCGGAGCUCUGCAAACAUCUGAGCAUUUAUUUCUUACCAAGAAAGGAAAAUAAAAGGAAAAAAGAAAGAAAGGGACCCCCCCCUCCCCCAGUCAAUCCCAACAACAGAUCAGGGCGCAUUGCACACACUGCUCUUCAAGCCUAUCCAAGCCGCCUCCAGAUUCCAGGGCACGCCCCGAAUUUACCCUCGGCCCUUAUGCCAGCACUUCUGAGCGCCCCUGUGUGCCCCUGAGCUCCAGGCACUGGGCUGAUUGAAAAGGGAGAACCCAGGGCCCAGCCCUUUUUGCAGUCUGGGCAUUCCCUCGCCACCUAUUCUCCAAUGACACCACCACCUCAACUGGGGCCAGGGGAAAAAGAAGGCCUAAACUCUGGGCCCCCAACCCAGCGGUGUCCUCCCAGGCCACCCCCAUACAGGAAGAAGCUUAAGGAACAAAGGGCCUCCUGGCCAGAGAGUCCAGUCUUUUGGCCAUGCACGCGACGGGUCCUGUCCAUGGAAGGGGAGCUGUCUCUGCCCAGAGGAGCUAACCUGGGUGAAGGUGGAACUUCACAGCCUCGAGAGCUCCUGCAGGCUCCAGGCUGCGGGGUUCAGCUUUCCACCUCAGGACCUGAGAUGAGGCCCUGGGCUGUGGGAACUGCAAGAAUCUUGGCUUCCAAGCCUUGCCAAGGGCUGCCAGUGAUGCCUACCCGCCAGCGGGGAGGCCCCUCUUGUCUUUCGGCUAUAUUUAUGAUUCACUUUAGUUUUCCAGAAGCCAGGAAAAUAGCUACGGAGAUACUGAAUGCUGCCACACGAAACGCUUCAAUCAGUGUCCUUGCUUUACUUCUGGAAGUUUAAGCAAGUCCCCAAUAACUCAAUCCACCCACCCUCUGUCCUCAAGAAGCUUUUGUGGUUGCAGGGAGGCUGAGUCUACUCGCUAGGUUCAAGGAGAACCCUCCGACUUGGAGCUGGAGAAAAGGCACUGGGUGGCAGAGAUUUCCUCGGCUGGAUACUUAAAGCUAAUCAACUAGCAAACUAAUGGCACGAAAACCAUAUUUACAUGAAAGAAAAAUCAACUCCGGUUAUAAUAAUAUAUGGAAUCUGACCUCGCCUCUCGGAGAAACACCACACAAAAGCUAUCUUUAAUAGACGCCUGUCAUUUAAGAGCGGCAGGGACACUGUCCCUUAUACGCUCGCAAAAACAGAGCCGUAAUUGUAGCUGCUGCUGCGGCGGCCAGGAUUUAUUUCUCCAGUUGGCUAAAUGGCCUUCCUCCUUCCCCGAAGGUGAUAUCUGUAUUUUCAGAUUUCAGAGCUGCCAGCAGGACGGGCUGAACCGACCCCAAUCUCAACACAAAAAAAUAAGAGGGGCUUCACAGCGGGGAAAUAAAGUUGUUGUAAAUAAAAUCCAAGUCACCAUCUUCUCCCCCCACAACCCUUUGCAUCCUCGCUGGGCGCGCGUUCGGCAGCUGACGGCCUCACAAUUGGUACAUCCUAAUGGAACUGCGAGGGAAAUGCAAUAAUUUUGCCAUAAUGGGCUGUAACCUCAAUUCGACCCCGGCCCUUGCAGCCCCGGGUCGGAAGCGGAGCGAUGCGCCCCGCCUCCAGCGGGUGGCGCUCGAGUCCGACUGAACGGCGGCGGCGGGCUUCGGGCACGCGCCUGGGGCGCGCGCGCCACCCCUCUAGCCUCCACCCAACUCCCCCAUUAGUGCACGAGUUUACCUCUAGAGGUCAUCAGGCAGGAUUUACGACUGGACAACAAAAGCACGUGAUUCGAAGUCGUACCCCAUAUUUGGGUGCCUACGUAGGAGGGAACCAAGUACAUGUCCCAGUCAUUUCCAUAAUUCAUCAUAAAUUGUGCAAGGGUGCUAUAGACGCACAAACGACCGCGAGCCACAAAUCAAGCACACAUAUCAAAAAACAAAUGAGCUCUUAUUUUGUAAACUCAUUUUGCGGUCGCUAUCCAAAUGGCCCGGACUACCAGUUGCAUAAUUAUGGAGAUCAUAGUUCCGUGAGCGAGCAAUUCAGGGACUCGGCGAGCAUGCACUCCGGCAGGUACGGCUACGGCUACAAUGGCAUGGAUCUCAGCGUCGGCCGCUCGGGCUCUGGCCACUUUGGCUCCGGGGAGCGCGCCCGCAGCUACGCGGCCAGCGCCAACGCCGCGCCCGCCGAGCCCAGGUACAACCAGCCGGCUGGGUCCACGCACUCGCCUCCGCCCGACCCGCUGCCCUGCUCUGCCGUGGCCCCCUCGCCUGGCAGCGACAGCCACCACAGCGGGAAAAACUCCCUGGGCAACUCCAGCGGCGCCUCGGCCAACGCCGGCAGCACCCACAUCAGCAGCAGAGAGGGGGUUGGCACGGCGUCCGGAGCGGAGGAGGAUGCCCCCGCCAGCAGCGAGCAGGCGGGCGCGCAGAGCGAGCCGAGCCCGGCGCCGCCCGCCCAGCCCCAGAUCUAUCCCUGGAUGCGCAAGCUGCACAUAAGUCAUGACAACAUAGGUGGCCCAGAAGGCAAAAGGGCCAGGACGGCCUAUACCCGCUACCAGACCCUGGAGCUGGAGAAGGAGUUCCACUUCAAUCGCUACCUGACCCGCAGAAGGAGGAUUGAAAUAGCACAUGCUCUUUGCCUCUCCGAGAGACAAAUUAAAAUCUGGUUCCAAAACCGAAGGAUGAAGUGGAAAAAAGAUAAUAAGCUGAAAAGUAUGAGCAUGGCUGCAGCAGGAGGGGCCUUCCGCCCCUGAGUAUUCUGAGCGUUGAAAGUACUGAGCAGUAUGAGCGGUUCCCGCAUAGUGUCAGUACUAAGGUGACUUUCUGAAACUCCCUUGUGUUCCUUCUGUGAAGAAGCCCUGUUCUUGUUGCCCUAAUUCAUCUUUUAAUCAUGAGCCUGUUUAUUGCCAUUAUAGCGCCUGUAUAAGUAGAUCUGCUUUCUGUUCAUCUCUUUGUCCUGAAUGGCUUUGUCUUGAAAAAAAAUAGAUGUUUUAACUUAUUUAUAUGAAGCAAGCUGUGUUACUUGAAGUAACUAUAACAAAAAAGAAAAGAGAAAAAAAACACACAAAAAGUCUCCCCUCAACCUCGUUUAGUGCCAAUGUUAUGUGUUGCACUCCAGUUGUUUAACUGUGCAUGUGAGUGGAAGUGUUCCUGUCUCAAUAGCUCCAAGCUGUUAAAGAUAUUUUUAUUCAAACUACCUAUAUUCCUUGUGUAAUUAAUGCUGUUGUAGAAGUGACUUGAUGAGACACAACUUAACUUGUUCGACGUGUAGUGACUAGUGACUCUGUGACGAAAACUGUGACUCUGAGCGGUGUGUCCCUGCGUGCCUUUGUAGGACCCUUUGCACGAACUCUGGAAGUGGCUCUUAUAAGCGCAGCUUCAGUGAUGUAUGUUUUUGUGAACAAAGUUACAAAUAUUGUCCAAGUCUGGCUGUUUAAGCAAACUGUGAUCAGCUUUUUUUUUUUUUUUGUAUUUGUUUUUAAGGAAAAAAAAUAACUGACUGGAAGCAAAAAAAAUAAUAAUAAACUUUCUAUUGUAAGUUC